AUGAACGAUAUGGAUAUGAUUGUCCAUCUUUAUCAUUUACCUCUCUUGCGUCUAGCAUGGAAGAGAACCACAAAAACGUGCACAUUACCUACGCGAAUAAGGGUUCAAACUGAUUUUCAGCAAGUUGGUGAGAAUCAGUUUCUGAUUACUGUACCUGAUGCAGACAAUAUAAAUCAUAUAGUUGUGUUUCUCACUGGCACUAUUCCUUUUCCAGAUGGCAUGGGAGGUGCAGGUAAGAUGAAGAACUUUGUUAUAUUUAGUUGGCCUGAUCCAAAUGCACCACCUAAUUGGCAAUUCCUUGGAUAUAUUUCCAAUGUUAAGCCAUCGGCUAUUUUCAAAAUAUCAAAUUAAAAAAAUCAUGAAUUUGUAAAUAGCAAUUUGGGAAUUUUUGGAGUUGGCAAGAUCUCGCACGUAGCACAGAUUGGUGUAUCAGUUGAACCAUUAGCAGUAAUUGAGCAACAAGUAGCUACUGUUACUGCAACUACAACCAAUUCUUUUGUAGAAUUUGUACAAAAGAUGCUGACGAGUUUUGUGAAUUAUGUGACUAGUUUCACAGUAACACAAGCGCAAAUGACACCAAAUCCCACUGAGAACUUUGUGCCUCUAUCUACAUUACAGAGCUGGUAUGAAACUUUUGAGAGACGGUUACAACAAAAUCCAAACUUCUGGAAAUCGUGAUCAUAAUCUUAAUCAUAUAUAACAUAAAGCUUAGCAUCUUAUAUUAAUAUAAAUUUUACAGUGAUAUUCAAGUACUGUUAUAGCGUUUUGUUAUAGUGUAAAAUGCUGGAUUAUUAAUAUAAAACUAUCAUUCUUAUAUUAUAUAAUAAAUAUAUUAAUAUAUUAAUAAAUAAUAUUUAGAUUUAGACAUAUAAAGAUUUUUCAAAAUAUGCAUUUGAAAAAUCAAUAUAUAUCAAGCUUCAACAUACCUUAAACAACUUUAAUAGAGUAUCAACAAUAUUGAAUAUUGUACUUAGGUCAUUAUGCUCUUGAUAUUUCUAAUUUUUUUGUUAAAUAUGACAAGACAGAAACAUUUUUAAUAAAAAUAUAUCUUA